GCUCGACGAGACCUGCGAGCGUUUCGGCUUUUCUGCACUGCUUGUCCUCCUCUCCCUUGGCUGCCUUCUGUGGUUGCGUGGCUGGUUGCAGCUUGCUUGUCGGUUGGCGGACAAAUCAAUCAAGCGCUUGUGUCGACGUGACCGCAAUCGUGUGCGAGGCCAGCGUGUCCAUGAGCUGCAUUUUGCGUGGCAGGCACGUGAUUUCGCAACCUGUUGGAAGUUGUCCAGGCUUCUUUCGGGCAGGCGGCUUGGCCCAAAGAAACGCCUGUUUUCUGCGCCCUCCGUUUGUUGUGGCACAGAUGAGUGGAUUUCGUACUUGCGACGCCCUGGUGCUGAUGGUGGUUGCUCAGCUGCUCCCAGGGACUGGCAAAUUGGGUUGCAACAGCAUUGUGAUCCCUUGCCUUGCCGUCUGCGUGCAUGUGACCUUACCAAUGCUGCUGCUGACUUGUCGUCCAUUGGUCACCUUUUCCGGAGCUGCAAACUCCGCAAAGCUUCUCCUAGUUGGUCCUUUCCCGCAAGUGUUUGGCGCAUGCUCUUCUACUCUGGGCGUUUUGCCACUAAGCAGAAAGUGGGCCUUGGAGCUUCGCCGCCCCCUGUGGUGGCUCCAUCCACUCGUCGGUGCAUUUUUUGGCUCCUUGUGUGCAUUCGAGCUCGUGGUUGCACACCCUUGGUUUGGCAUGCCACCUCUGCGUUCACCAUCGGCAAGCAUAAUGGUAAAUCGGGUUGCGCCGGUCAGCGGCUGUUGCAUGGCUUGGACUCCUUCAGCAAGCACUUUUUCUUGCAUGUCUGGCGACAAGCUGGCUUUCAGGUCAAUAGGCCGUAUGCCUAUGGCUAUGCGAAAGGGCGCCGCAGAGAACAUGCCAUUAUGCAACAAUCCGUGUUGUGUCACCGCUUGGAUCUGGCAGGUUGCAGUCGUUGCACAGAUUUUUUUGACGCUGCUAAUGCUUUUGCUUCACCUUCACAUGCCGCGUUGUUGCAGUUUGUCCAGGCAGCGUCGCCUGACAAGUGGACCACUCAGAUCCUCCAGCAGCGUCUUGCAGAUGCCACCUUGUUCUUGCAGUGCGCUGAUGGCCAAUUGGUCCUUGGCAUUGGGUCGGGCACCCUCCCCGGUGACUCCAUCGCUUGUGAGUGGUUUCUCGGUGUGUACCAUCAAGCUGUUGACCGGUUUGCCAUUCUGCAUGUCGAUAUUCCCCAGUUUGUGGCUUCAAGCACUGCACAGUCUCUUGCCCUGUCCGCUGCCUUGCGAUCUGUCAGAGUUGUGCAAACACAGAAAAGCAAGAAAGCCUGCUCAGAUUUGCAGGGCGUGGUUCCCGGCAGCAUAUGCGUGCUGCGUAUGGCCUUACUUUGCCCAUUCCUGGCAAAGUCGUUCGUUUGGCUCGUUACUUGGGCCCCAGGCUUCAGUACAAUGGCGCACUGGCGGAAGAACAACGACUCCGUUUGCAUGCAGCCAGAGUACAACGACUUCGUCUUUGGCAGCAAGUGGUUAAACCUGUGCGCUCUUGCUGCUCUCACUUCUCUGGAGUCGUACAUCGGUGCUGUGCAGUCCAAUCCGCUGGUCUUGUUCACGGGCCCCGAUAUUCGAGACGCGUUCUUGCGCGCUGACCCUGCCAUUCUCCUUGCGGCCAGGUGCUCUAUUGCCAUCCCUCCACCUGGCUACGAGCCUCUCCCAGGGCAGAUGCAGUGCCUGAAAAACCACACGUCUGUCGCAUCAUUGACCCCUCGUCAGGGUUGGAAUGUGGUGCUUACUUCAGUACCAACCAAACACUGGUUCUACAUCAGGUUAAAUCUGGCCGGCCCGAGCAUGGCAAGCGUAAGCUGGCAUAUGUUCUUACGGUAUCCAAUCAGUGUCUUCUUUGUAGAUCUUUCUUUGCGAGUAAAUGGAUUGCUGCCAAGCACCUUGCCAGCUCAUUUGAGCGUGGUAUUUGUCCGGCCCGGUCGGGCAGCGUGGUGGUACACGAGCACCUCAGCCUGCCUCCCUAUCAGUGCGCGCUCUGCCAGCUGGACUUUGAUGACAUCGUCUUGGCUCAAGACCAUUUGCAGCGGCAUCUGCCUCCCGACCUUGAAGUGUGGCUCUAGCACACGGGUUGCCAUGGACACUGCGUUCCACCAAGCCUUCGGUGCCCCACCUGCGCCCUCUGCUGCUGCUGCACGGGAAGGUGGUCCCAGCAAAGUCAGGGUUGUCACCGCUGACAAGGAAGCUACUGCUAUCGCAGAGCAUGCUCUGAAGAUGGCUGUGGUAGUUGAGCAGCAACUGCGCUUGACUCAGGCUGCUGCCUUCCGCUCCCUACCGUUGCCUGUGUCCUCUGAGUACUUCAAGUACCUCCAGCAGGCCUAUGCUCAAUACACUGCGCAAACCAAAGGCAACAAAGGGCAUGGCCUGGGGCCGCCUGAUACGUUCAAUGCCGCCGCCCUCGUUGAUGACAAGGCCAAGUUUGACGAGUUCCUCGCUUCCUGCAAGCCCGGCUCGAAGCCAGCAAAGUUGGCUGUCCUUCUUUACCGCUGUGAGAAGAUGUAUGGGAACACUCACAAACGACUCUUGCUUCGCCUGCGCGACCAUGAUUUGGAAGAUUUGCUAGUGAAGCACAUAGAGUGUACAGGGGUUGAAGAGUUUCACGGCCAGCGUCCUGCAGGUUACCUUGCGAAUACAGCGCAGACCCUGCUAGAUUCUAGGAAGUGA